AUGAGACGACGACCACAGGGAGCCGAUGAGCAAGAGACAAACAACGGCCUGGUCGACAACGUCGAGAGCCAUCAGCUGCAAUUUGAUGUGAUGAGCUCUUUGAGCGUCUCGGAAUUCUGCGAUUGGCUGACGUUAGUGCUCUCGUCUGGGAAGAACUGCUUGCGAGACUCUCUGGUGCACGCGUGUCCGAUGCGACAUUGGACUAGGCGUCCGAAGACCUCGCGCUGGUCUUUGAGCUCGAUGAAGUGCUUUGUGGGAUUGAGAGACGGGGGAAUCCUGUUGGCUAUGGCGAACCUCGGCUCCAUGCUGUCUGGGUGGAUGCCUUUGCUUGACGUAGGGCAAAUGCCCUCCAGUGAAACGACAACACAGGGAUCUGCUGGGCUUUGCAAGGCCAAGGAUCGGUCUCUGUUUUACUCUUCCAAGAUAGGCAACGAAGUAUCCAAACGUCGUUCAUACAGUCGUUGCUCCAAAUCUGGCUCGUGA